AUGGUCAUGAUACCUUCUGUAUACUUUAAGAGCAUAAUUAAGUUGCUUCACCAUUCAGAUAAAAAUGUUGGAAAAAAGGCUCUUGGGCUGUUAUGUGAUGCAGCAAGAAAUCACGAAAAAGUCAGCUUAGCUCUUAAAGACAACAAAGGUUCAAGGUCAAGAUCAAGUUUUCCUUGGCUUCAUAUGGAUGAAAGUUCUCAAGAGUCACUUGAUAAAAUGUGUUUAGAAAUUCUUCAAGUACUUGAUGAUUCAUCAAAUACCUCUUUGAAAGUAGCAGCAGUUUCAGCAUUGGAAGUUCUUGCAGAAAGGUUCCCUUCAAAUAGUUCCAUCUUUGGUGUAUGCCUUGGAUCUAUUACAAAAUGUAUUACAUCUCAUAACUUGGCUGUAACUUCUAGCUGCCUUCGAGCAUCUGCUGCUUUGAUCAAUGUUCUUGGUCCAAAAGCAUUGGCUGAACUUCCUCAAAUUAUGGACAAUGUGAUGAAGUCCUCUCGUAUUGUGCUGUCUAGUCAGGAUUUGAAACCAAAAACUAAUGAGGUUUUAUCAGUCUCAAAUGAACCCCAUUUUAUUUCUGUUCUUGUUACUUUGGAGGCAGUUGUGGACAAGCUUGGUGGAUUCCUAAAUCCAUAUCUCACAAAUAUCAUGGAGCUUCUGGUGCUUCAUCCCGAAUAUGUCUCAGGAAUGUAUCCCAAAGUGGAAUCCCGAGCUCAUGGAUUACGAAAGCUUAUUGCUGGAAAAAUUCCAGUAUGGCUUUCCUUGCCGCCGUUGUUAAAACUAUAUCCUGCUGCUGUUGAAGCUGGGGAUAAAAGCUUAAAAGUUGUGUUUGAUAUGUUGGCAACAUUUAUUGGUGCAAUGGACAGAUCAUCUAUCGGGGCAUUCCAUGGAAAGAUUUUUGACUUUUGCCUGGUUGCUCUUGAUCUUCGCCGUCAAAGUCCUCGUUCAGUUCAAAACAUUGAUUUAGUGGAAAAAGGUGUGAUGAGUGCUAUGCUUGCGCUGACCCUAAAACUUACAGAGAGCAUGUUCAAGCCUCUUUUUGUAAAGAGUAUUGAAUGGGCAGAAUCUGUAGUGGAUGAAACUGCAUCAGCAGGAAGCAUGGAUAGGGCCAUAUCUUUUUAUGGCAUGGUAAAUAAGCUUGCUGAGAACCAUCGGUCAUUGUUUGUUCCUUACUUCAAAUACCUACUUGGUAGUUGUGUUCAUCAUCUAGGCGACGGCAGAGACUCUAAUGUGUCUAGUCUGAGUCGGAAGAAAAAGAAGGCUAAGAUUAUGGAUGAUGGUGAUGUAAAAGAAACAAGUAGCUUAUCUAUCAAGGAGUGGCAUCUCAGGACACUAGUCCUAUCAUCCUUACACAAGUGUUUCCUCUAUGACACUGGGAGCUUGAAGUUUCUUGAGUCCUCAAAUUUCCAGAUGUUGUUAAAACCUAUUGUCUCUCAACUUGUCCUAGAUCCACCUGCAUUGCUAGAUGACAACAGCUUGAGUAUACCUAGCGUGAAGGAAUUUGAUGACCUACUUGUCGUGUGCAUCGGCCAAAUGGCUGUCACAGCUGGUUCUGACCUUUUGUGGAAACCUCUGAACCACGAGGUUUUGAUGCAGACACGUAGCGAGAAGACACAGACUAGAAUAUUGGGCCUGAGAAUUAUUAAACAUUUUGUAGAUAACUUGAAAGAAGAAUAUUUAGUAUUAUUAGCGGAAACAAUCCCGUUCCUUGGUGAACUUCUCGAGGAUGUGGAGCUUUCAGUUAAAUCUCUUGCUCAAGAAAUUCUACAGGAAAUGGAGUCUAUGAGUGGGGAGAGCCUUCGGCAAUACCUAUGA